AAGAGCGCGCGCACAUGACGUGCGAUCCAAUCCACUGCAGCUGCGAUGCAUCGCAGCAGCAGCAGCAGCCCGUGACGGCGGCUCAAGAUACGACAGUGACUCAGCAGCACCCCAUCCCAUCCAUCUCAUCCCCUCCCCUCCCUAGCAAGGCCUACCAUCUCCAUCACUCGGGGAGUGCGAGCCGGCCUCCAUUCCCCACAACUCUGUCCCAUCUCACCGGUGACUAGUUGCUCCACAACCGUCCUCAACGCUCCCGCCCUUUACCUUCUUCGACUUACCGUCCGAAUCAGCACCGCCUGCCGAAAAAUAUUAAAUACAGAGCCCCGUCCUUGUCACCGUACACCGCUCUCAUCCCAUUCGCCGAUCGAGUCCAUCGCCUUUCCGUGGGCGCGGGCUCGAAUUUUUCUGGCCCAAGUUCAUCGCCCUCUAUUUUCGGAGGCGGUACUGUAACUCUCGGUGGAAUUUCCGGUGCCUCGGGUGGCCGCUUUUGGUCUACGAAGCGCGCGUUUAUCUCGGCGUUGCUGCAGCUCGGAGCCGUGGGCGUUAAACAAUAUAAUCCACGAUCUUCAUAAGCAGGGCCUGCGAGGAUUUGCGUGGGUAGCUAGCUAGUUAGUGUGAAGGAGGGCAGCCAAUGGGUCCGAGGCCGAGUAGCAGCGAGAGUGUGUGAGAGGGGUGGGGAGGGUCGUGUCGUAGGGUAGCGUGUCGUCGAGCGCCUGCAGCUUGUCAUGUUGUAAAUUAGCGCCGUGGUUGGCUUGGAUUUGAUGUGAGGAAGGUCAAGUGGAGUUGAAUCGAAUCAAAUCGAGUCGAACCGAACCACGGGGGCCGAGUUGGCUUCGGUUAGUGGCUUUGCUUUGCUUUGCUUUUGUUCGCCCUGCAGCUCUUCUGCUGCGCUCGGGUGUGGUGUGUUGUAAAGGUGGUGCGGCGAUUUUGUUCCUAUCUAUCUAUCUAUCUUGUGGAUUCGGGUUUCAGUAGUUGCCUGUCUGCGAAUCGAUUCCGGUGGGCGGUGAUUGGACCUCGGCCUUUUCUUUCCUUGCUUUUCUUUUCUUUUCGGGCAUAAAAGCGGCGCGCGCAACGACGCUGAAGACAACGAAGACGCUGCGAAGAGGGCGAAGCUUGAGAGCUCGGGCUCAAAAUCCCCGGAGAGAACGCGGAGGAGAAGGUGGAGGAAGAAGAAUAUUAGAAGAACAAGAAGAGGCAGUCGGAUGUGACGGGCCGUCGUCUGGAGAUACGCACCGAUUGAGGAAGUGAGAGUGAGAUAGAGAGAGAAGGUGGGCCGCAGGAAGAAAGAGUCUGUCUGUCGGGACGAGAGAGGAGGUGUGCAAGGUGUCGGUGUCUGGUUCGCAGCUGGAAGGUGACUCGGGUGCCUUGCCUGCCCGACCGUUUUUGACGAGGGAGGUGUUGUCGUAGAUAAAAGCUUGAGACGGUGACGCACUUCGCAGUGCAUUGCUCAUUGUAUUGAAAUCGGGUUGCUGAGUCACAGAGAGGAAGUUCCGACGUUGAGAUCUGUAUCUGAGGGGAGGAGAGAGAGGCAGACGAUUUUCGAGGUAGUCAAUUGUUCAGAGAGAGGAAGAGGGAGCGUGAUAGGGCGAGAGAGAGGAAAGGUCGGUGAGAGGAUUGUGAAUCGAAGGAUCGUUCGUUGUUGAGAAUGACGAUUUGGUACGGGGAGUUGACGGCGGACUGUGAGUUGCCGGAUUACGAAGAGUGUGAGCUAGAGGACGUAGAUCUCGAUGGGGAUUGCGGCAAUGCGGGGAUGGAGAUGGAUCUCCUGAGCAAGGAACUGCUCCCGGGGCUGCCCGAGGAUGUGGCGUUGGAGUGCCUGGUGCGGGUUUCCAUGAGCGCCUUCCCCCAACUGCAAGGAGUGUGCCGCAGGUGGGGACAGCUCGUGUGCAGCAAGGAUUUCUACGAGGAGCGCAAGAAGGCUGGAACGACUCGUAAUUGCGUCUGCAUCGUGCAAGCUCUGCCUGAUGCGCCCGAUCAGAGCGCGGGGUCUCCCGGUGUGAAACACACCACUGCUCCAGAGUUCGGGAUCACAGUCUACGAUUGGCAGAAUCAGAGCUGGUCUCGGAUUCCUUGCAUUCCGGAGUUUCCAAGCGGCUUGCCUCUCUUCUGUCGCUUGGUAGCAGUCGAUGGCAAAUUGCUGGUUCUGGGCGGAUGGCACCCUGACACCUACGAGGCUCUGAAGAGUGUAUACGUCUUUGACUUCACGUCUCAGUUGUGGAAAGGUUGCGCCGACAUGCCCUGUUCUAGGUCAUUCUUCGCCUGCGGAGCAUUGGACGGGCAAGUGUACGUGGCUGGUGGACACGACGACAACAAAAAUGCCCUCAACACCGCCGAGGUCUACAACCUUGAGGAGAACCGAUGGGAAGUGCUGCCUAACAUGAGCGAGGCGAGAGAUGAAUCCGGCGGAAUUGUCUUGGAUGGGAAAUUUUUCGUGAUUAGCGGUUACGGCACCAGCAAUCAAGGGCAGUUCACCUCUAGCGCUGAUUCGUACGAUCCCAUCACUGGUGAGUGGACCCGCAUCGAAGACAUGUGGACCGAAGGAGUUUCUCCCGGUCCAUUCGCUGUAUCUCAGGGAGUUUUGUAUGCAGUCCAGAGACAGAAUUUAGUCCACUAUGCUAAGGAGUCGAACGCUUGGGCCGUCGUGGAGAAAAUUCCUGGAGAAGGUAGAUUCGCAAACUGGAUUACGUCUACGGAAGCCGGUAUUCUCAUGAUGACAUUACCCAGUACUGCUGAUCGGAACAAGUCGCUCAUUCACCAACGCCCAGCAGGAGCUGUGAGUGCAGAGGACCGCUCAAGCUGGCAGCUUGUGGAAACAAGCGAUAUGUUCUCCGGUCUGGGGCGAGCUGCUUGCACCGUUGACAUAUAGAAGUUUUGAGUCAUGUUCGAUGCUGUAAAUGGAGAGAACGUAGUGUGAACUCGGGGCUUCUUCGGUGCUGUUAUCGGGUUUACAUUAACUUGUGUCCUGAAAAUCGAGACAGCUUCAUACUUUCUCUGGGUUUUGCGGUAGGUGAUAAUUGGGGGAAUGUACCGAUCCUUGAUCCUAGGCGUCUUAAGUACUCUCUUCCUUUUGGAGCAGAGUAAACAUGAUCCGGUGUAACAUACAUAAAUGGUAGGUAUGUUCUUGUGAAUUAGUAGAUCUGUCAAGUACGAUCUGUCUUUGGUAGUGGCAGAUUAAUGUGUAAAUUAUAGGGUGCUCAGGGAGCUGCCUCAGUAAAACGGAUGUUUUGCUCACGCGUUUUGUAAAUUGGAGCUGGGCUGUACAGCAGAGAGAAAUCGAAGUUUUUAAACCAAAGUGGC